AUGAGAGGCGACCACAAAGAGCCGACGAUCAUUCUAGAGGAUAUCGCAUCACAUGAUAUUUGGAUAUGGCAUGCAUUCUUUGGUCUAGCUGGUGCAAACAAUGACAUCAACGUGCUAGACCACUCGCCGGUAUUCAACGAUAUCUACCAUGGAAAGUCGCACGAUGUAGCUUUUCAAGCAAAUGGGGUAGCAUAUAAGCGUGGAUACUAUCUUACUGACGGUAUAUAUCCUCCCUUGUCUGUUUUUGUGAAAUCGUUUACAUGUCCUAACGACCAGAAAAGGAAAAAGUUUAAAGAGGCACAAGAGUCGGCUACGAAGGAUGUGGAGCGAACAUUUGGUGUACUUAAGAGACAUUGGCAAAUACUAACGGUCGGGGCAAGGUCAUAUGAGGUGAAAAGGGUUCAUAUUCAGCCUCCGUUAGAGUUUCCUCACGAUGAUUUGUUUGACGAAUCAGACGAGGAUUCUGAUAUGUUCGUCGAGAGUGAAGAUUCCGACAACAGUGACGCUGGGGAGAAUGAUGAAGACGAUCAAUGCGAUGGCGAGGACAAUGAGGGCGAUGACAAACACGAUGAUUCCAAACGACGUAUUUUGUAUUAA